AUGAACGUCAUGGAAAGCUCUCCCUACGAGCCCUUUGUAAGGGGGUUUGACUAUGUCCGGCUGGCGUCCAUCACGGCAGCCAGGACCAGCGACUCCACCCGGCCCUUAACGGCAUCCCAUUUGCCUCCCUUCCUCUCUCCUAGAUCUCGCUAUGCUGAGUUCCAGGUCAACUGCCAGCCCUCUGGACUCCUCUCAGGAACCGGAUGCCAGAAGGAAAACUACGCCGCCUGUUUAUUGGCCUACACUGGCAUCAUAGGCAGCACCAUCACGCCCAACUACAUCGACAACUCGACCGCCAACAUUGCGCCCUGGUGCACUUGCAACGCCAGCGGGAACCGGCAGGAAGAGUGCGAGCGCUUCCUGCACCUUUUCACCGACAAUCUCUGCCUCCAAAAUGCCAUCCAGGCCUUCGGCAACGGGACGUAUUUGAGCGCCGCCUCCAGUCCGUCCACCUCGCCCACCACCCAGAUGAGAAAGCAGGAGAGAAACACCGAUAAAGUGGCUGCCACCCAUCAGGAGAACAUUCUGGAACAGCUGGAACCCACCAAGGUGUCUGCAGAAGAGAAGCCGUUGCGCGAUGCGUCGCACCUUGGACCCGGAGCGUCUGACUCCGCCCUGGCAUUGACCCUUGACCUCUGGAUGAUGGUGUGGAGCUGCACGGCCACCAGUACUGUCCUCCUGAUGGCCAUGUGA